AUGGCGGCUGGCGACGAGAUCAACACCAACCGGCGGCUGAAGAGCGGCAUUGGUGUGGCCAAAAAUCGAGCAGCACCUCCCUUGUACUGGGAGGAAUUCAGCUUACCGAAUGGCAACAUCAGGAAUUCUGCACUCUCCAACAUUCGAGCACGGAUCGCCUCAUUCUUAAUGAUCAAAGUCGUCUCUUCGAAAGGACAAGGCGGCUGCCAAAUCCUGACAUUGCUUCAGGAUGUAGCCAGGAAAAAGAUAAAUCCCUUCGGGGAUGAGACUAUUAGUGAUGGGUGGGAGAAAGAAGGAGACGGCGGCAAGCGAUUAAGGGAGGGGAGUCAGAGAGAGAUAGCAAGUACAACAUCGAAGACUGAGACGGAACGGAGAACGGCAGUCCCGGCCAACACCAAGCCCAACCGAACAGCAGCCAGCAAACUCGCACCACCACCUCCUCCUCCGUCGCAGCAUAGGUCGUCGCCGUCGCCGGCGAAGCACCCGAGCCCCCGCCGCCCCGGCAAGCGAAGCGUCCCACGAGAGCCCCCGCCUCCCCGGUGGCAGGUGCAGCAGCGCGUUGAGCUCGACGGGAGCAGCAGCAGCAGCAGCAACUCCCGAUCGCUUCCGUCCCCAACUCCCCGCCGCCUUGCCAGCGCGCCCAGUAGCGUCAGAAGCAAAGGUGAGAGCCCCAAUCCUCCUCGCCUCGAUCCGCCCCCACGCGCGGCGCCGGCGCGGCUGGCAAUGGCGGGCCGGCGGUCAAUGGCGGCCCGCCACUCGCCGGCGCGGCCUCGGGCUCGUGAUUCGGGCGCCGCAGAGCUCGAAUUCGGGGCGGAAACCUAG